AUGUUCCUUGUUAGCCUGAGUUUGCUAUUCCCCCUUUGCUUUAGCAUUACUGGACGUGCGGCAAACGACUGGUCGUCACCGUGCUUCAGCGGUGAAUGCUCAUAUGAUAUCCCCGCCUCUCAGUCAUCUGGAACCUUGCGAAUUUGGGGGGCAUCGGACGCUAUUUCUGAUAUUACUCCGGCCGCUGGAUGGGCAAUAUUGGACUGCGUCAAAGGCGCUAUGGCGCAGGACAUACGCGUUGUCUGCACUGAUGGUCAAGGAUGUGAACACCUUGCCCAAACAACGGGCAGUGGGGUGGGGAAGAUAGUCAGAUUACCAGAAAACUGCGGACAAAGUGCUUUUGCUCUUAUCACAAAGCAAUGGGUGCACCAUGACCAAACCCUUCCUCCAGCACUUGCAAGUCAGCUGCGCCAACGCUCGAAUGAUGGCUCUCUACCUCAAGUCAAAGGACUAAGUUUGGACGCGAACUUCAAUAAUGUCGAGCAUUCAUCUGCUGGCCCAAUUAACUUUGCUAUCCAUGGCCUGACUCAAUCUGUUCCUCCUCUACCUUCAAGCAACCAACGCCGAAGUCGCACUCGUCGGACUCCGCGGUCCCAAUCCGAAAUUCAAGAUCGCUCGGUGGUUUCUGUGCUACAACAAGCUUUCAACGGCAAAAUUCAAUUCUUUCAAUCAGGGCAGUCUACGAUGCAAAAGCUCAAGGAAGUUGAUCUCAAAAAGACAUUUCCGCUCUUCAGCGACAACAUUUCCUGCCCAGCAGUUGGCAAAGUCCCAGCAUUUGAAGCCUCCGUUUCUGGUUCAGUUGAUGCCUGCAUCGUCGCCAACAUCACACUCACCGUUUCGGCAGUGGGAACUCUUUUGCCAGCGAACUUUACCAAGUUUGGCCUGGUUGUGGGACUUGAUGCGGAUCUUGAAGGCACUCUCAAGGUCGCAGGAUCGGCCUCUGCUACUCUUGACUCGGGAGCAAUCGACCUCAUCACCAUUGGCAUUCCUGGACUGGAUUUUCCAGGAAUUUUAACUAUCGGACCUUCGUUCAAGGUCCAAGCACAAGCAACUGCUACUCUUGACGUUGGAGUUGAUUUGAGUGUGGAUUUGUCAUACUGCAUCAGUGGGGCGAAGUUUUUCUAUCCGCCAUCCCCGUUCAACAAGAACUCGGGCAAAUUUACGCCAAACAACUCUCCCCUCAACUUUUCGGUGGCACCAAAUGUAUCGUCCAAAGCCAAACUCGAAGCGCACAUUAUUCCCAGUCUCGACUUCGGCAUCACCGCAAUCAACGGGUUAGCCUCCGCCAACAUUUUCUUGGAUGUUGAUACAAGCUCAACAAUGACGCUGUCUCUCGAUGGCUCUGCCAAUGUUGAAGGCGGUGGGACAACCAAGUCGGGCAUUGAUAUUACGAGCAAGCAAGCCCAGUUGGAUGGGUGCGUUGACAUUGGGGCGGGAUUGGCAAUCGAUGCUGGUGCUGAUGGGCAGUUUUUCGAUAUAUUUGACUUUGCACCAAAAGUGAACCUGUUUACGAAGAACUUCGACUUUUUCAAGAAGUGCUUCGGUGUGCAAGCAAACUCAACGAAACGGGAAGCCGAGCUGCCUUCCAUCUCCGACUUUGGGCAUUAUGAGAUGUCGAGGAGUCGAGUGCGGAGACGUGAUUUGGCUACCCGAGCGCUCACACUGACAUGUCCACCGAGUUCGAGCGCCGAUUCGACGUCCAAGCUGGUGUCCGUCGCAAACUCGGUGAUUGGAUCCUCCAGUAUCAAACUGAAAAAUUAA